AUGAUGUUGUACCACAUGAUUUGGAAGCAUGCGUGCGGUGGUUUCCAGUCCUCCCAGCAAAACGGCCGCGCUUCAUUCGCCGCAGCAGCAGCUGGCAUGCUGGCAUUCCAGAAGCACGCAUAUCAGUCGCUGCGCAUCUUUAUCCGCUGCCGAACAAAGUUGUGUGAGAUCUGGUGUCUCUGGGUGUCUUCUGGGUGUCUCUGGCAGAGAGCAUUGCACAGACAGCAUUCUGAAACAGGGGCAUCCGCCCCCGAAACACAACGCCUGUCUCGCCAGGCCCUACUGCAUCACUAUGCCUGCAUCCACCCACUACGAAGUACAGCACCACCAUCGACCACAGCACGAUUGAGUUCCACACCCAAACCAGCCAAACCAGCGCAUCCAGAGCCUGACAACUCCCUCUCUUGGCAACCUUCGAGGCUUUGCACCUCCACCGCCCUUGCGACUCUGCAGAGAUCCUGGACUGCACCACCUACCUAG